AUGUUCGUCCUCAAGCGUGAUGGACGCAAGGAACGCGUGCAGUUCGACAAGAUCACAGCACGAGUCUCAAGGCUGUGUUACGGCCUCGACCCGGACCAUGUUGACCCCGCCGCCAUCACCAUGAAGGUCAUUUCUGGUGUCUACCAGGGUGUCAACACCGUCCAACUAGACGACUUGGCCGCCGAGACUGCCGCAUACAUGACCACCACACAUCCCGACUACGCCAUCCUCGCUGCGCGUAUUGCCGUAUCAAAUCUUCACAAACAGACACAGAAGCAAUUCUCUGUAGUUGUAGAAGAGCUGUACAACUAUGUCAACCCCAAGAACAACACCCGCCAACCCAUGAUCUCUGAUUACAUCUACAAGAUCAUCAUGGACAACGCCGACGAGCUCAACUCGGCUAUAGUCUACGACCGCGACUUCAACUACCAGUUCUUCGGCUUCAAGACGCUUGAGCGCUCAUAUCUCCUCCGCAUCAACGGCAAGGUCGCCGAGCGCCCACAACACAUGCUUAUGCGUGUCGCUGUCGGCAUUCAUGGAGCCGACAUUGAGAAGGCCAUCGAGACCUACGACUACAUGUCUCAAAAGUACUUCACACACGCCUCGCCCACACUGUUCAACGCGGGUACACCAUCGCCACAAAUGUCGUCAUGCUUCCUCAUCGACAUGAAGGAGGACAGCAUUGACGGUAUCUACGACACACUCAAGACAUGUGCGUUGAUCUCCAAGACCGCCGGCGGUAUUGGUCUCAACGUCCACCGCAUUCGUGCUACUGGCUCAUACAUUGGUGGUACCAACGGAACAUCCAACGGUCUCAUCCCUAUGCUCCGUGUGUACAACAACACUGCUCGCUAUGUCGACCAGGGUGGCAACAAGCGUCCCGGUGCUUUCGCCAUCUACCUCGAGCCAUGGCACGCCGAUGUCUUCGGCUUCCUCGACCUGCGCAAGAACCACGGCAAAGAGGAGGUCCGUGCUCGUGACCUUUUCUACGCUCUGUGGAUUCCCGACCUGUUCAUGAAGCGUGUCCAAGACAAUGGAAACUGGACACUCAUGUGCCCUAACGAGUGCCCCGGCCUUGCCGAUGUCUAUGGUGAUGAGUUCGAGGCUCUGUACGAGAGCUACGAGAAGCAGAACAAGGGUCGCGAGACUGUCCGCGCCCAGAAGCUCUGGUACGCCAUCCUUGAGGCUCAGACUGAGACUGGUAACCCCUUCAUGCUUUACAAGGAUGCUUGCAACCGCAAGAGUAACCAGAAGAACCUCGGUACCAUCCGCAGCUCCAACCUGUGCACCGAAAUCGUCGAGUACACUGCUCCUGAUGAGGUUGCCGUCUGUAACUUGGCUUCUCUUGCCCUGCCUUCCUUCGUCGACUACAAGCGUGGCGAGUUUGACUUCAAGAAGCUCCACGAAGUCACACAGGUCGUCACUCGCAACCUGAACAAGAUCAUCGAGGUCAACCACUACCCAGUCGAAGAAGCACGCCGCAGCAACUUCCGCCACCGACCCAUCGGUAUGGGUGUCCAGGGUCUCGCUGAUGCCUUCCUUGCCCUCCGCAUGCCUUUCGAGUCCAAUGAAGCGAGGAAACUCAACAUUCAGAUCUUCGAGACCAUCUACCACGCUGCUCUCACUUCCUCAUGCGAUAUUGCAAAGGAACUUGGUCCCUACGAGACCUACCCGGGAUCCCCCGUCUCUCAGGGUCAACUGCAGUAUGACAUGUGGGGUGUCGAACCUACAGAUCUUUGGGACUGGGUUGCCUUGAAGGCAAAGAUUGCUGAGCACGGUGUACGCAACUCUCUGCUCAUCGCGCCCAUGCCAACUGCCUCUACCUCGCAGAUUCUGGGCAACAAUGAAUGCUUCGAGCCAUACACAUCGAACAUCUACUCUCGCCGUGUGCUUGCGGGUGAGUUCCAGGUCGUCAACCCAUGGUUGCUCAAGGAUCUCGUCGACAUGGGCCUCUGGUCUGAGAACAUGAAGAACCGUAUCAUCGCUGAUGGCGGUUCAAUUGCCAGGAUUCCAAACAUCCCCGAGGAGACCAAGACGCUCUACAAGACCGUGUGGGAGAUCUCGCAGAAGAGGAUCAUUGAGAUGGCCGCUGACCGUGGUGCAUUCAUUGACCAGUCCCAAUCUCUCAACAUCCACAUGAAGGAGCCUACCAUGGGUAAGAUCACUUCCAUGCACUUUGCUGGCUGGAAGGCUGGUCUCAAGACUGGCAUGUACUAUCUCCGUACCAUGGCUGCUUCAGCACCUAUCCAGUUCACUGUCGACCAAGAGGCCCUCAACGUCGUAGACACCAACGUUGCUCGUGCUCUACCCAAGGUACGAAAGCAACCGGGCUUCCAGCCUGAGGCUAUCCGACACUCACCUGUCACUGCUUCGCAAACCCCAUCUUCGGCACCUCGUCCAAUGUAUGCCACCAAGCCUACCAACGGCGAGGAGAAGAAGGAGGAGGAAAACGGUGUUCCCACCCCAGAUGCUACCCCAGAUGCUACUCCAACGCCUGUCACGGAGACCCGCAACGCUCUCGCAAGCAAGCCUUUCAAGGCCGAUGUGGAGGAGGGCGCGAGCCCAAAGAUGGUAGCUGCUGAUGCAGCCGUCAAGCCGGACGAGGAGAUCACCAGGAAGGACAAACAAGAUGAGGACUCCAAGGAUGACAGCGAGGACCGGGAUGGUGACAUCUAUGCUGAAGCCGCCCUUGCUUGCUCGAUAGAGAACCCUGAGUCCUGCGUCAUGUGCAGUGGUUAA